UGAUCACAUUGUUGCUGCAACCAGAAAGCUAUGAAGGUUGAGGAAGCCAAGUGUUCUUUAGGAUAUGGUAAACCUCCUUGGAUUUUUAAAGGCAGUGCUCUGUAUCAGUUUCAUCUUGUGAAAGCAGAAAUUGCUAGGACUAUCAUUCCUAAAGAGUUCAGAUUGGUUGAAGCUUUUGGAUACACUCUAGGAGGCGUCUUUCUUGCCAACUAUAAUGAGAGCCCAGUUGGAACCUUCGAUGAGCUUGUGGUUAUUGCAGGAAUUGUCUGGAACCCACCAACAUCUCAUGCUUGGGCAGCUAGGGUUUAUGUCAACAGUGAUGAGGCAUGAAGGCAUGGAAGAAAGGAAUUCGGACUUCCAAGUCAAGUUGCCACGUUUUCAAAGCARAGUACACCAAGGAGAAGAAGUAAUGCUGAUGUUGGUAACAUGGAUAUUCGUUUUGCUGAGAUCAAUGGUCCUGUGGCAAUUGGCCUCUAUGAUAUCCCUGUUUUGAAGAUGAAUCCAUUGAAAUGGAUGGGGAUGGGGAUGGGGAUUACGAUGUCACUUCCAAGCUUUAGUGGCCAUACAGAGCAUAAACCCCAGCUUCUCAAGUACUCUUGCCAGAUUGAGUGCAGGGUGAAACCCACAUCUCCAGCUAGAGUUUUAUGGCUAUUGGACAGGAAACAUUCCUCUGAAUCCCAAAACGAGGAAUCUUCAACAAAAAGAGACGUGGGCACAGCGGUUAUGCUUUCUAAACCAAUAUUGGCCUUGGAGUUCAAUUGCUUGAAGAUGCAGGUUGAACCUCCUGUUGUAGUUUCAGGGAAACAUGGAUGAUGUUAAUCUUAUCAAUCUCAGCAACCCAUAUAGCAAAAACAGGGCCACGCCGCCUUUACUGCUAACGUG